CAAAGCCACGUAUGCAAAUUUCAAGGAAGAGGGAGAGCUCAGCUAAAGAUCUCUUCUCUUCCUCUCUGUAUCUCUCUCUUUCUUUCUCUCUCCUCACAUUAUUUUCUUUUCUCUCUCUUCUCCUCCACCCAAAAAUCUGUAGAAACAAUCUUCUUCAAAUUCCUUACAAGAUUUUCACGCACCCACUUUCAGAAAAUUUCCAUUGCAGGAGAAAUAGUUGUAGGUAGUAUCUGCUUACUAUUUAAUUAGGGAAAUUUUACAUUCCCAUUUUCUGCAUAUUGUUUCAGCCAGUGAUACCUUGAAGCUCGGUGGUUUUGCAUGUUAGAAGUUCUGGACCAUCCUUUGCUUUGGGAUCCAAGAAUGUUGAAUUACAAUCUGUGGAUCCUUGAUUGGUAGUGGUACUUGCUGGCCUUACUUGUGAGCAGCCUCUCAUACUGAUUAAAAUUCUUGGAUUAACAACAGUUAUAUGGCUGCUACAUGCGAGAGGUGGAUUGAUGGCCUUCAAUUCUCCUCAUUAUUUUGGCCUCCCCCUCAAGAUGCACAGCAACGGAAGGCUCAAAUUACUGCCUAUGUUGAGUACUUUGGUCAAUUCACAUCAGAACAAUUUCCUGAAGAUAUAGCUGAGCUGAUACGGCACCGGUACCCAUCCAAGGAAAACCGACUUUUUGACGAUGUUUUAGCAACUUUUGUUCUUCACCACCCAGAUCAUGGCCAUGCUGUAAUUCUUCCAAUUAUUUCAUGCAUCAUUGAUGGAACACUGGACUAUGACAAAAGUUGUCCGCCUUUUGCUUCUUUCAUAUCAUUGGUUUGCCCAAACAGUGAGGUACUCAGAAUCUUGAACUAUCAAUUUGAAGGAUUGAGCCAUAAGGAAUAUUCAGAACAGUGGGCUCUUGCAUGUGGAGAGAUUUUACGAAUUUUGACACACUACAACCGCCCGAUUUACAAAGUUGUGCAACAGGAAGGUGGAGCAGAUAGAAGCAGUGGAGGAAACCAUGCUUCAACAAGUAAAUCUGCUGAUAGCGAACCUAGUUUGCCCUCUAUGCACCACGAGAGGAAACCGCUGAGGCCAUUGUCUCCAUGGAUUACUGAUAUUCUGCUCGCCGCACCUCUAGGUAUUAGAAGUGAUUACUUCCGUUGGUGUGGUGGUGUUAUGGGGAAGUAUGCUGCCGGAGAAUUAAAGCCGCCAUCAACUGAUUUUAUCGUAGCUUCUUCUCGUGGCUCUGGAAAGCAUCCUCAGUUAAUCCCUUCAACUCCGAGGUGGGCAGUUGCUAAUGGUGCUGGUGUUAUUUUAAGUGUUUGUGAUGAAGAAGUUGCUCGUUAUGAGACAGCUACCUUGACUGCAGUGGCCGUCCCUGCUCUUCUGCUUCCACCUCCCACAACACCCAUGGAUGAGCAUCUUGUUGCAGGGCUACCAGCACUUGAGCCGUAUGCACGAUUGUUUCAUCGAUACUAUGCAAUUGCUACUCCAAGUGCGACCCAGAGGCUUCUUCUUGGACUUUUAGAAGCUCCACCGUCAUGGGCUCCAGAUGCACUUGAUGCUGCUGUUCAACUAGUGGAACUUCUUCGAGCAGCUGAAGAUUAUGCUUCUGGCUUGCGGCUUCCUAGGAAUUGGAUGCAUUUGCAUUUCUUGCGUGCAAUUGGAAUUGCAAUGUCCAUGAGAGCAGGCAUUUCUGCAGAUGCUGCAGCUGCUUUACUUUUCCGAAUACUUUCACAACCUGCUCUGCUCUUUCCUCCAUUAAGACAAGUUGAAGGAAUUGAAGUUCAACACGAACAGAGAGAAGUGCCUGCAGCAGAAGCCACGGUUGAAGCCACUGCGCAAGGGAUUGCAUCAAUGCUUUGUGCACAUGGGCCUGAGGUUGAAUGGAGAAUAUGUACCAUAUGGGAAGCUGCAUAUGGCUUGAUUCCUUUAAGUUCAUCAGCUGUUGAUCUUCCUGAAAUUAUAGUUGCAACCCCUCUACAACCGCCCAAUUUAUCGUGGAACCUGUAUAUACCACUACUUAAGGUUCUUGAGUGUCUUCCUCGUGGGAGUCCAUCUGAAACUUGUCUCAUGAAAAUAUUUGCUGCUACAGUUGAAGCAAUUCUUCAGAGAACGUUCCCACCUGAGUCCUCCAGAGAAGAAAUCAGGAAAACCAGAUAUGUUGUUGGCUCUGCCUCCAAAAACCUUGCCGUGGCAGAAUUGCGAACAAUGGUUCAUUCACUAUUCUUGGAGUCAUGUGCUUCUGUAGAGCUUUCUUCUCGCCUUCUUUUUGUUGUCUUAACUGUAUGCGUCAGUCAUGAAGCAAAAACAAAUGGGAGCAGAAGACCUGUAGGGAAAGAUUCUUACCGACCUAUUGAAAUGGGGAUAGACUCACUGGAAACCAGUGGAAAACAGAGAGAAAAAGGAACUAAGAAAGUGAAAAAGCAAGGACCUGUUUCAACGUUUGAUUCUUAUGUUCUUGCUGCUGUCUGUGCUCUUUCAUUUGAACUUCAGCUCUUCCCUUUGAUUUCAAGAGGGACUAAUUAUUCAGAUCCAAAAACCAUCCUCAAUGCUGCAAAGUGUGCCAAUGAUUCGUCUAUUGAGUUAAGAAACGGGAUUCAUUCUGCUGUCUGUCAUACUCGGAGGAUAUUGGCAAUUCUGGAGGCUCUUUUCUCUUUGAAACCAUCGUCUGUUGGCACUUCUUCGAGUUACAGCUCAAAUGAGAUAGUUGCUGCAGCUAUGGUAGCAGCUCAUAUUUCUGAUCUGUUUAGACGUUCCAAGGCUUGCAUGCAGGCUCUUUCGAUCUUAAUACGGUGUAAGUGGGAUAAUGAAAUCCACUCCAGAGCAUCUUCACUAUAUAACCUCAUUGAUAUUCAUAGCAAAGUUGUUGCAUCAAUUGUCGACAAGGCCGAACCAUUGGAAGCACACCUAAUACCUGCACCUGUUCUUAAGAAAAGAAGCUCGUGCUUGAAUGGGAAAAAACAUAAUAAAUAUAGCAAUUGUAAUUGCUUAACUGCAGAACAGUCAUUGUUGCUCGAGUGCAAAGACUCAACCGAAUGUAAGACUUUAACUAUGAGUGAGAAAGCUCUGCACUCAAGCAAGGUUGCACAAUGCACCACCGGUAAAGGGAUCGCAAGUUUCCCUAUAGAUGCUUCAGAUUUGGCCAACUUUCUAACAAUGGACAGGCAUAUAGGAUUUAAUUGCAAUGCACCAGAUCUUAUAAAGUCGGUACUCGCGGAGAAACAAGAACUAUGUUUUUCUGUUAUCUCAUUGCUGUGGCACAAGUUAAUUGCAUCACCUGAAACACAACCGAGUGCAGAAAGCACUUCCGCUCAGCAGGGAUGGAGACAGGUAUCUACCACAUUACUUCAUGAUAUUGAUUAUAUAGUGUAGCAGUUGAAAUAAAAC